AUGACUCCAACAACGCCAACGCUCGGUCUUCGGGGUGAAUACAACCCAGAACUCCGCAAACGUGAUGAAUGGGCCAGGCUGGCCACCACCCUGACUGCAUUGGAAACAAUGAAAGAAGCCUCGCCGGAGCCCUCCAAGAAAGAUUUCAGUUCUUUGUGGGCUGCUCGAGAUGCCGACUUCAGCUUCAAGCUAAUCUACCAGAGCCGAACCCUAUCGAAGUUUGACGUACUCGAUCAGACUCACUCCCUCAAGCUCAAUGCACUUUUGUUGACCCCCAGCCGGCUGAGCGUAACCACUAGACAUCAGACUGCGACUGCAAUCCAGAAGUUCACCGAAGCUAACAAGAAGUCCUUGGGGGUCAUCAUGUACUUAAUGGAUGCGAGAUCGUCCGGUAACGAGCAGAUCGAGGCAGUGCAGUCUCUCGGUGCACUGCACCACUGCCUUUCCUUGGGCUUCUCGGAGCCACCCCCUGUUCUUGUUGUGUCCGACGCAUCAUACCUUCUGGAUUGCGUAAGUGCUUACAUGAAGGGUGUCUCCCGAGCCAAUCCAAUCUUGGUCAACACCGCAGAUGUGUUGCCGAAACCGACUGCGCUUGUACCUGCAUCCUUUGCAGCUACAUCAUUCCAAUCCAGAUCUUCUCCAGCCGCAUCGGUUCCACCCGCGUCGGUCCCACCCUCGCCGUUCCAGCCAUCGAAAUUCUCAUUUUCAUCCCAGGAUAAGAAGUGA